AUACAUUGAUGAUACUCGAAAUGAAGAGAAAAAAUAAUAAUGGUUUGCUCGCCGAGGACCGGCGCGAAUCGAUACCAAUGUGGAAUUUAUAAAAGUAGCGCCGCGUGUCGCCCGCCGCCUCCUCCUCCGCCCCGGCCCCCGGCCCGAGCCCCCGGCCCGACCCCCAGCCCCCGCUCGCCGGCCGCCUGCGCUCUUGCUUGUGGCCGUGUGCUCCUCCCCUCGUGCGCGUGUCUGUUUGCUAGCGUGCGCGUAUGUCUGACUGUGUGCGCCGCGCCGCCGCUUGGAGGUGACGUGUGUCAUGGAGAAGGAGAAGAGGCAGAGGGUUUCGCUCUCGCAGAUGGUGUGUGACGAGGAGCCCAAGGCGAAGGGCGACGUGGGCAGGAUGGUGGACUGCAGCCAGGCGGAUGACCGCCGGCUCAUACGCCUCGUGAGGGAGCGGCGACUCCUGUACGCCAGGAACAACAUGCCCGUCGCCAGCUUCUACACGCAGGUCAAGGCACUCUGGGACGAGGUCGCCGCCGCCAUGGGAUGGACCGUGGCGGACGUCCGUCGCAAGUGGUCUCACAUCCGCAACUCCUACUCCCGUCAUCUCCGUAAUGAGAUGCACGGGGCCUGCACCAGCAAGGGACGGAUGGUCAGCCGCUGGUACCUGGCGGACGAGCUGGAGUUCCUCAGGGAACACAUGGCCACUGACAUAUCGUCUCCGUACUCAAGCUACGCCCCGACCAUGUUGGAGAUGGACAUCAACGAAUCCUCUAACCCGGAGUCGGUGGACGUGAAGCCGUUCAUCCACAAUCCCUGGUUCACCCUGAGCGCCCCGCACUCGCCCAAGCCGGAGCCGCGAGCGCCUCCCUCCCUUCACACCGACGACAGCUCCGGCUCCUUCGCCCCCGACGAGAACUCCUCGUAUUUCCAAUUCUUCAGAGGCAUCCAUAACGAUUACCAAGAGUUACCGGCCAAGAAACAGAGAGUGUUCAAACGGAAAUGUCUCAGCCUGCUGCACGAACUGUUGGAUGGCGAGGAGAACCAGCGGACGAGUUCGUACAUUAACGACAACAGUGCGCUGAAUCUGUCCAACUCAGCUCAGCACGACGAGGCCAAGGAGCAGAAGACGCAGGUCGAGGAGAGUUUUAUACUUCCCAAUAAUUGAUGGCUGCGAGGAUUAUAGUGAAAUUAUGACAAAUAUUUACUGACGAACUGUCCGUCACAGUUUGUGUGGAAGGUGACGGAGAGGUCAACGCGAGUUCCUUUACAACAAGGUUAUAAGUCAUUAAGGACACACAUAGGACACACAGUUUUCACUUUGUAAGUGAACUUUAAUCUAGUUUAGUAAGUUGUUUUAAUACUUAUUAUUUAUUUUUAACGUCGUGAUAGUCUCCAAAGAUUACAUCCGCCGCGGUCCUAAAUAAUGACAAACAAUCGUACGGAGUACAGUGCACACCUUCACACGGUCACUCUGAUGUAGGCUAUAUGUUUAGUUGUAAUAGAGUCGAUAUCUGAAUAACCAUCAAUGUAAACAGAGUGUGCCUGUCAUGUUUACGGAGGACGCCACGAGUGUUGUCACUGUAGUGUAGAGAACUAGAGACAAACGGCCGCGGGUCGGCUCACGGCAGAGUGUCGUUUGGUGGAGAAAGUAAAUAAAUUGUAUAAUGACAAUCGUCUGAAUGUACAUCAGUGACAGAAAUAAUUCACUGCAUAUAUUCAUUGCACAUCUACCUGUCGUCCGUCCACGGGGCCUGUGAGGAUUGUUUGUGUGGUCGACUGUAUUCAGGGUGUCAGGGUGUCCAGGGUGUCACUGCGAGCGGGUCAGGUGGAUGGUGCAUCAUGAAACAUUAACUCAGUACAUUCAGUCCUGUGUCCAGAGUAUAGAAGUUGGUCACAAUAACUGUAAACAUUAUGAACACGAACGAGAUGAAAAUGUAUACAAAACAAAUGUAUUCCUCUUUAAGCAUUAAUUAAACAAAAUUUAUUAUUUUUAAAAUAAAAAAGUUUGUAUAAAGAAUAAACAAAGCACACUUCACAGCUUUAGUGAUGAAAGUGAAAGCCGAUGACUAUUAAAACGAAUCAAUUGUAUAAAGUGAUUUUAAUUUGUACGAACCCGAACCUUCCCGUCCCGCCGAAGUCCGAACACUCGUUAGUCGUUACCAGUCGCCAGUCGCCAGUCGCCAGUCACCGACACUUAUAGUGUAGAUGGCGUCGGUUUGAAACUUAAUAUAUAAAUUAACGGUGACCAGCUGAUGAAGGCUUCUUACAUUAAACAAAACUGACCUUUGAGACCUGAGACACCA